AUGGACGAGUCGUCGUUGCUGGAUCUGCUGGAGUGCUCCGUGUGCCUGGAGCGUCUGGACACCACGGCCAAGGUGCUGCCGUGCCAGCACACCUUCUGCCGCCGCUGUCUGGAGAGCAUCGUCAGCUCCCGCCACGAGCUGCGCUGCCCCGAGUGCCGCAUCCUGGUGGGCUGCGGCGUGGACGAGCUGCCCGCCAACAUCCUCCUCGUCCGCCUCCUGGACGGCAUCCGGCAGCGGCCCCGCGCCGCCGGGGGCGCCAGCGGCAGCCCCAGCGCCGCGGCCCCCACGUACCCCCAGCCCGCCGCCGCCCCCAGCGCCGUCGCCGCCGCCGCCGCCUCGGCCGCCGCCAGCCUGCGGGAGCUGGCGGCCGCCAGCCGCAGCGCCCUGCUGGGAAAGAGUGUUUCUCAGCUUCCCUAUGGCAAAGCCCUCUACACAUAUGAGGGAAAAGAGCCUGGUGACCUCAAGUUCAACAAGGGGGACAUCAUCAUCCUGCGGCGCAAGGUGGACGAGAACUGGUACCACGGGGAGCUCAAUGGCAACCACGGCUUCUUCCCCGCCAGCUACAUCCAGUGCAUCAAGCCCCUCCCACAAGCUCCACCUCAGGGCAAAGCACUUUACGACUUUGAAAUAAAGGAUAAAGAUCAAGACAAGGAUUGCCUGACCUUCACCAAGGAUGAAAUUUUGACAGUCAUCAGAAGGGUGGAUGACAACUGGGCAGAAGGAAUGCUGGGUGACAAGAUUGGCAUUUUCCCUAUCCUCUAUGUUGAGCUGAAUGAAUCUGCCAAGCAGCUGAUGGAGAUGGACAAGACGUGCUCGGCUGCCGCCUCCGGCUGUGACAUGCCCCUGGCCACCGAGACGGUGGCGGUGGCGGCGGCGGCGGCCGUGGGCCUGGCACCGUGCUCCACGCUGGCCGGCGCCGGGGCUGCCGGAGCGGCACAGCGCCAGGUGGAAGGCAAGAAGAACGCCAAGAAGCGCCACUCCUUCACCGCCCUCAGCAUGACACACAAGUCUUCCCAGGCUGCCAGCAACCGGCACUCCAUGGAGAUCAGUGCCCCGGUCCUCAUCAGCUCCAGUGACCCGCGGGCAGCUGCCAGGAUCGGGGACCUGACCCACCUCUCCUCCAGUGCCCCGGCCCAGGAUUCUUCUUUGAUUGGAACAGCCACAGUGGCUGGUCCCAGGACAAGUGCAAUAAUUGGAGAUCAGGGAACACCACCGAAGGUCCAGCUCCCCCUCAAUAUCUACCUAGCCCUGUAUGCCUACAAGCCUCAGAAGAACGACGAGCUGGAGCUGCGCAAAGGGGAGAUGUACCGCGUCAUAGAGAAGUGCCAGGACGGCUGGUUCAAGGGCGCGUCUCUGAGGAGUGGGAUGUCCGGCGUCUUCCCAGGCAACUACGUGACACCUGUUUCAAGGGUGCCAGUGGGAGCUGGGCAGCCCAGGAACAGCGGAGCUGGAGGAGGUCCAACAACAAAAGUAGCCCCAGGAGCCAUCCACCCCAUUGUGGCUGGUCACAGCAAUGCCACCACAGCUGUCAGACCAGUUGUUCCCAUCACUGCUCCCCAGACGCAUCCCCAGCUGCAGGCAGCCUCUCCACAGCUGAAUAACUGCCUGAGGUACUCGGCGCAGCAGCCAGCCAGCCAGCCCCGCAGCGCCAUGCAGAUGGCGCACCCAGCAGUGCCGGCCCCAGAGCGACCCACGGCCACGGUCUCGCCUCUGCGGACGCCCAGCUCGCCCUCCCGCCUGCCCGCCGCGGCCAUCCGGCCUCACCCCGCCGUGUCCCCGCAGCACGGCCACCAGCCGCCCACGCCGGGGGCCCGGCCCCUCAUCCCGCUCACCUCCGCCGCCGCCGCCAUCACCCCGCCCAACGUCAGCGCCGCGCACCUCAACGGGGACGUGGGCGCCGGGCCCCUGGGCGGCCCCGCCGCGCCCGGGCCUGCCGCCAAACCCGAGGAGAGAAAGAACGAGAAGAAGGAGAAGAAGAGUGGGCUGUUGAAACUUCUAGCAGGAGCAUCAACAAAAAAGAAGUCACGCUCCCCACCAUCUGUGUCCCCCACACACGACCCCCAGACAGCCAUUGAAGGAGUUCUGCAAGGAGCAAUGGGGCCUGAGCUGUCCUCUCUCUCCAGUCACGGCAGAGCCGGCUCAUGCCCUAUCGAGAGUGAAAUGCAAGGAGCCAUGGGGCUGGAGCCUCUGCACAGGAAAACAGGCUCCUUGGAUUUGAAUUUUUCCAUCCCUUCACCUGCCAGGCCACCCCUCUCUUCCAUGGCAGCUAUUCGGCCAGAGCCCAAGCCUUUGCCCCGGGAAAGGUACCGCGUUGUGGUCCCAUACCCACCGCAGAGCGAGGCAGAGAUCGAACUGAAGGAAGGUGACAUUGUGUUUGUGCACAAGAAACGGGAGGACGGCUGGUACAAAGGGACGUUGCAGAGGAACGGCAGGACGGGCCUCUUCCCCGGGAGCUUUGUCGAGAGCUUCUGAGGACGAAUCGCCGCCCAUCUCAACUGAGGAGCUUUCAGGGGAAACUGCAUAGCACAAGAGACAGCAAAGAGAAACCAGACUGAUAACCACUGCCAUUUUUAUUUCCAAAGACUUCCCCCAGGCCCUUCAGUCUGCAGCUCUGGAGACACAGUGCCCCGCUGUGCUCCCGAGACCGUGUGCGGUGCAUACAGUGGUAUGUUGAAGUAGUGCCUUCCACCUGGAAUCACAGACUAAAAGGAUGCCCAUCUGGACUGUAGUAACUAAACUCUGGCUGUUAACCUUUUGUGUAAAUUAUAGAGAAGAUAUCUUUAAAAAAAUUAAGAGGAAAGCUGUUAUAUUGCUGUAACUUAUUUGUCAGAGCUGCAGUGUUCUUAUUACUGGCCUAUGCAAGACAGAUUUGAGAGUUCAAGGAGGUGUGCUAGGAAGCUCUUAAACUGGGAUUUUGUUUUUACCAAGGGAAGAAGAGGGGAGGGUGGAGAAAACCCCAGCUAAAGAUCAGUGCAUCAUUGUGCAAGUAAGAAUGAGGAGUCCAAAAUGUUAAUGUCAUGCUUUCUAUAUACCUCAAAGAUAUGCUGCGCAGGUUUGUUGGUGCGUGUUGGUGUUAAGUACUCAGAGUGCCACAUCACCCCGUGUCCUGGCACUGCUGCCAGGGAGGUCCUGGAAGAAGCACGGCUCCACCAUUAAACUGUGGUUAUUUGAGCAGAAUCCCUUUUGCCUGUCUUCUGCCCCUAUUAUAUGCAGCAUGGAUUUUUGUCCUUCGGUAUCACUUUCCAUUGCUUUUUUGUACGACGUACCUUUUUACUGUAAGAAUUGCUCUACUUUAUAUAUAUUCCUACUAGAUCAGACAUUUCCUCUUUUUCAUACAUCUGGUGCUAUUUUUUUUAAUUGUUAAAGAUUUGGUUAAACAGAGAGGCUGCAACAAGAUUUACAUUCAACAUAUGAAAUUAGAAACAUACCUGAAGAUUGAGAUCAGACUGCUUGUUCUUGCAUCAUAGAGGAAAAGA